AUGACCAAAAACACUUCAUCAGAGCCAACUUCUUCGGAGGCGCCUUCGAACACGCCCCAUACCUACGAUCGCAAUCAUCCUGAUCAGCAAGAGGUAACCGCAAUCCUUGCAAAGUUCAACAAAGACCCUCUUAGCAUCAUAUCGCUCGGGAAAGACGGUGUUUUGCGGACCCUUUCUGCCGAUCGUGUGGUUCUUGAUGCAGUAGAUUUGAGUCCGCGACUGGUGAAAGCGUUCUUGGACCGCGUUCCACCAGAAUACCGUGCGCUCACACCAGAGCUCGAGGAUGUUGAUGGAUCCAAGGCGACAGAGGAGGAGCUGUGGCACCCCAACGCCAGUUUGCUGCCACAACCCAUGAGUGAGGAGCAGAAGAGGAAAGCGAUAGCGCAGUUGGAAGAAUCUCAGCAACAGCAGGCCAAAGUCGAUGACGGAGAUGGGAAGGAUAUAGACAAAUUGGAUCUCGUUUGA